AUGAGGAGGGAGAACCAGAGCAGCGCAUCCCAUUUCCUCCUCCUGGGGCUCCCCAUCCGGCCAGAGCAGCAGGGCGUGUUCUUCACCCUGUUCCUGGGCAUGUACCUGACCACGGUGCUGGGGAACCUGCUCAUCGUCCUGCUCAUCAGGCUGGACUCUCGCCUCCACACCCCCAUGUACUUCUUCCUCAGCCACUUGGCCCUCACUGACAUCUCUUUUUCUUCAGUCACAGCUCCAAAGAUGCUCAUGAAUAUGGAGACACAAAAUCCAUCUAUCUCAUACGCUGGGUGCAUUUCCCAGGUGUAUUUUUUCUUGAUGCUUGGGUGUCUUGACAGCUUCCUUCUCACUUCAAUGGCCUAUGACAGGUAUGUGGCCAUCUGUCACCCCCUCCACUACAUUACCAUUAUGAGUCAGAGACUGUGUCUCCUGCUAGUAAUUGUGUCUUGGGUCCUAUCCUCUGCCAAUGCCCUUUUGCACACCCUGCUCCUAGCCAGUCUCUCUUUCUGUGGAGACAACAUCCUCCCCCACUUCUUCUGUGACCUUUCCACCUUACUUAAGCUGUCCAGCUCAGACAUCACAGUCAAUGAGCUGUGUAUCCUCACUGUGGGAGUGACGGUCAUUACCCUGCCAUUGAUAUGCAUCCUGGUCUCUUACAGCCACAUUGGGGCCACCAUCCUCAGAGUGCCCUCAGCCAAAGGACUCUGUAAAGCCUUGUCUACAUGUGGCUCUCAUCUAUCCGUGGUGUCUCUGUACUAUGGAACAAUUAUUGGACUGUACUUUUUCCCCUCAUCUAACAACUCCAAAGACAAAGAUGUCACUGUGGCUAUAUUGUACACUCUGGUCACUUCCAUGCUGAAUCCUUUCAUUUACAGUCUGAGGAAUAAAGAUAUAAAAGGAGCUCUGGGAAGCAUACUCAAUAGAGCAACAUUUUUGCCAUGA